GUGCGCCGGAAGUGCUUCACUGAGACACGGCGGUGAGCAGACGACUACGUUUUCGGGGUUUUCUUGCGGUCCAGAGUCGCACACACAGGCCAGUCCUCUAAUCACUCCUUGGGAUCCUACGUGUCAGCACCUGGAACCCAGAGCCUCUCCUGGAGCCUGAACAAUCAAUCCAGACUGAAGCUGAUGUCUUCUAGAGAGACGGAAGUGCAAUCCGUCGAGGGCGCAGCUGAAUUUUGAGAGGUCUGAAUGCUUCCCCGUCCACCAAGGGACUGCUGGGACUAAUUCUCUUGGCAAACUUGUGGCCAGCCAAACCUACCAUGCUUCACAUCCCUGUUAUCCUUGGUUACCGCCCAAGAUUGGCUUACAGAAGAGAUGAGAUGUGGUCUGAGGGACGAUAUGAUUAUGAAAGACUGCCAAGAGAAAGAUUACCUCCUCGAAGUCACCCCAGUGAUGGCUACCAUAGAGUAGUUAAUAUUGUGCCAAAGAAACCACCACUGCUAGACAGACCUGGUGAAGGAAGCUACAAUAGAUAUUACAGUCAUGUUGAUUACCGAGAAUAUGACGAGGGUCGCAGUUUUUCUCAUGAUCGAAGAAGUGGUCCACCUCACAGAGGAGAUGAAUCUGGCUAUAGAUGGCCAAGAGAUGAUCAUUCUGCAAGUCGACAACCUGAAUACAGGGAUGUGAGAGAUGGCUUUAGAAGAAAAAGUUUCUACUCCUCCCAUUAUGUAAGAGACCGGUCUCCUCAUAAAAGGGACACUCCUUUUUUCAGAGACUCACCUGUAGGCCGAAAGGAUUCUCCACACAGCAGAUCUGGCUCCAGUGUCAGCAGUAGAAGCUAUUCUCCAGAAAGAAGCAAAACCUACUCUUUCCAUCAGUCUCAGCAUAGAAAAUCCGUGCGUGCUGGUGCGUCCUACAAACGGCAGAAUGAAGGAAAGCCAGCAAGAGGUAAAGAGAGACCUGUCCAGUCUUUGAAAACUUCAAGAGACACUUCACCCUCAAGUUCUUCAGCAGUUGCUUCAUCAAAGGUUUUGGACAAGCCCAGUAGGCUAACUGAAAAGGAACUUGCUGAGGCUGCAAGCAAGUGGGCUGCUGAAAAGCUAGAGAAGGCAGAUGAUAGCAACUUACCUGAAAUUUCUGAAUAUGAGGCAGGAUCCACAGCACCAUUGUUUAUUGACCAGCCAGAAGAACCCGAGUCAAAUGCAACAGAUGGCAUAGAAUUAUUUGAAGACAGUCAGCUAAACAGUCGCUCUAAAGCAAUAGCAUCAAAAACCAAAGAGAUUGAACAGGUUUAUCGACAAGAUUGUGAAACUUUCGGGAUGGUUGUGAAAAUGCUGAUUGAAAAAGAUCCUUCCUUAGAAAAGUCCAUACAGUUUGCUUUGAGGCAAAACUUACACGAAAUAGUUGUCCUCUGACCAAACUGAGUGGAAGGCAGUGCAGAAGUUGGACUAGAAAGGUCGUCUGUAUAGUAAGCGUAUCUCUGUGGCCGUGGUUGAGGGAUUGGUUGUCCGAGGAAAUAUCCUUCUUCUUCUGAGUCGGAAGAGGAAGAGGAGGAAGUACACCAGGAGUCGUCAUCCUCACCGUACAGCCCUAGAAACCUAUUCAUUCCUGGGCUCUGGAGUGCAUAAUUGGAAGUGGCAUGGGCAUACCGUCCAUAGAGAGCAGCAUUCUGUACGUAUGCUUGGAUCUCUCGGGCACUUUUAUUCUGUAUAAAUUUCUCAUAGUUCUCUGGAGUGUAAAGCCUCAGUCUGUCCUUAGGAGAGUAUUUUCUUUCUGUAACAAGAUUCAGGGCAUUGUCAGAGCGAGACUUUCUGCUUUUCCGGCGGCGAUGGUGAUGAGACCUGGAUCCCCUCUCUUCGAAAUGAUAGACGCGUCUUCGAGUCCUUUCGCUCAUUGGAGGCUGCCGGAUUUCAAUGUUGUCAUAAUUUCCAUUGUCAAUGACGUCAUCUGAAAACUUGACUUGCUGUGGUCUGGACUGAGACUUGGAUCUUCUGAGUACUGGCAGAUGUACUGGUUCUCUUCAGGCAUGAUUUUUUCUGCACACAACUCUGAACUUAGACUCUUUAAAGACUCUGCACUCCUGUGUAGCAUGGAAGAGUUCAGAGUUCCCAUAUUGCUCAUUUUCUCACAAUCUUCUGCCUCCAUUUCCUCAAAGUUUUGCAGAGAAUAUAAUGAUGGCCUCGGCUUACUUUCCCCAUCCACAGAAGCCCCUAGAAGAGAAACCAAGAUGAGAUGUGAUUCCCAAUAAUCCUAAUGUUUGGACAGUUAUAAUAAACAACCUACUGAAAGGAAGCCUUUCCAACAAAAUUUCUCCUCAAUUUUAAUAUUUGAUUCUCCAUUAGGGAAAACCAAUGUGUGAAUAUAUUCACUGGGAAGAGGUUAUGAAUUUUAUUGAUACAAUAGGCACAGCCUCUUUUAUAAGACCAACUGUUUUGGAGCCAAAGAUUAGUUAGCACAUAGCACGAGCACCAAAAUUUUAAAAACUCUUCACAGAAGCCCCUUCAUAAGUUUGUUGACAUAGGAGGUAGAAGCUUCUGCCUCCCCCAAUCCAUUAAAUCCAGACUCUUUCAUCUGAACAUCUCUCAAAUCAGUGCCUUUUUUGCAUUCGCAUGACCACAAUUGUGGGCAAAUCCUAGACCUAGAGCAGUGGUUGGCAAACUAUAACCCAAGGGCCAAAUCCAGCCCACAGCUUCUUUGUGUAUAAAGUUUUAUUGGAACACAGUCAUGUCCAUUCAUUUAUGUAUAGUCUGUGGUUGCCUGCUACUAUGGCAGAAUUGUGUAGUUGCAAUAGAGGCUAUGUGGCCCACAAAGUAUUGAAUUGGUUUCCUUUCAUCCAGUCUUCUGCCCCUUCAAUCCAUAAAAUAAUAGGCAACUACCAGAUUAAAACUUUUCUCAAAUCGACAUUGCUCACAUUUGUUUACACUAGGGCCCAGGCAGACGACAAGAGACAGUAGGGAGCAGUCUGGACUAUUGUCAACUGGAUACUGCAUAUAAUUCCAAAGGGGAGCCUGUUUUCGGCCCAUUGCUGUCAAGGCAUGUCAGCCCUAACACUUAAACUUGUGCCAAAUUAUGUCUAUUUUUGACAUAAAUGUUCAGAUGUCUAGCAUAAUGCCUGGCACAUAAGAAAUGCUUCAUAACUUGGGUUUCCCCCACGAUGCCUCCUCUACUUCCCUUUAUUGUAGGCCUUAUCAUGGAUAAGUCUACUGCCAGAAGGGUAGCUUUGUUGGUAACCUUUGUCCUUGUCCCUACAGCACCUGGCACAGGGUCCUUCCUGGCAGCCGGCAGCACUAAAGCCUUUCCUAUCUAUGAUAGCGUAACAUAACCUUUAUGAAAGGAAUGCAUGUCAUUAAUUUAUCUACAAAAUUAGCUGAGUAACAGCAACAUUUCUGUAUCCAAAGAUACCACAAAUAUGACAUUCAGGAGAAUGGGGUUCUAAGCCCAGUCUUGCCUUUAAAACCUGUGUGACACUGGGCAUUUAACUUCUUGGUAAUUCAAAGUUUCCUCAUUUGCAAAAUGCAAUAAUAUCAUCUACUCUACAGUUUAGGGGCAUUUAAGGAUAAAACAUGGAUAAGGUUUCCAAUGCUUUGAAAACAAAGUGAAAAUAUUUUCGAAUUGAGUAAAAAAUGUUUAGCUAUUUUUGAGCUAUCCAUUGCCACAGGCAAUUCAGGGACAUUGUGAAAAACUAGGCCAAUUUCAAUAUCUUAAGAUUCAUAUAGCACAAGCCAAAAAAGUACAGUAUCUUUCAGACACAAUCAGAUGUAUACGUCAUUAUCCAAAAGCAUUAACUGGGGGUACAUAUCUAUCUCUUUGCCCAAGACACAAUGCACAGAUUAAUUCACUAAAGAUCGCCGAAUUAGCUAAGUUUGUUUUAAUACUGACACUAAUUAAACAUAAAGUGUUUCAUUUUUAUAACCUGUAGGAGAACAUCUUUGAAGUCAGGCAGGCCUGAAUUCAAAUCCCUGCUCCACUAUUUAGUAACUUGGAUUCCGAUAAAGUUUCCUAACCAAUCAAUUUCCACCCCUUUAAAUACAGAUAAUACCUAUCCCACAGGAUUGUUUUAAAAAUACUUUUUAUAAAUACACAUGCACACACAUGCGCAGAGAUACACAAGAUUACUGUUAGUGUUUGGUAUUUAACAGAAACGCUUUCCUUCUCUUGGUUCAGAGUUUGAAAUAACAUAAACCCUUCUGGUGCUGAAUUGUAAUCUUUUGAAUAAACUUUUUAGUGCCUGCUUCUUCAAAUACCCAUAACCCCUAGAUUAAGUACCUGUGAUAUUAGACAAAGCCAAGGAAUCCAUAGAAUCCCGAACACUUUGUUCUGGUUUCAAGUCUGACAAACACUCCAGGGAAUCUUCAUACCACUGUGCUUGAUCAUGAUUGUAUCCUGAAGCCCCAUGGUCUAGAUCCAACUCCUGGAGUCUUCUACUGCUGGCAGGGCCUGGGUGGCUGCCAUAAGCAGAAUCGCCCAGUCCGUCUUGUGACUGUGCCCAAUACAUAUCAGAUUGGUAUUUUUUACUUGCAAGGCUCUGGUUAUUUUGCUUUAACUCAGUCUUAUUUUUAACCACGUUAUCAGAUAUCCAAUGCUCAUUGGCUCGAAUAUCCAUCUCAUUGGGCUGCGGCUGAAAGAGGCUUUUAUCACCAAACUUGAGGAGGAGUUGGGUCAUAUAAUCUUCAUGCUCAGCCCAUUCUUCAGGGUCUUCUGGGGUUUCAUGCUCUACUCUGCCUUUCCAGAAUUCUUCGUUGACAAAACUUGCUCCUUGCCUGAGAGACUCAGUCAUCCAAUUUCCGAGAAGGGUGUCAUCAGCAUUGCCUGAAAGGCCAGGAAACUUGUAGUUCAAAAGCAGGGGACAGGAGUAGAGACUGUCUACACUUAUCAGCUGACCGACUGCUUUUUCCCAUCCGGAACGCUUCUUCUGGAAUCUCUUGAUCGAAGCUGACUGAAAUGCAGAGUCAGAAGAAUCAGAGGCGUGGACGUCUUCACCAAGGCUGCAUGUUUUUGAACAAUAAAUCUGACCUUGUUUGGGAAGGAAGGGACAUCCCAACAAAGAUGCUUUACACUGGGCACAAGAAAAGCAUGCUUCUGUAGCAUGCCAGUGCUGCCCAUCGUAGGUCAUCUGGGCAUGGGUCGACACCUGUUUUUGGAAAAGGAGAAAAGAACAGUUAUAGGUCAAUUGUUGAAAUACAGGAAGAAAGAAGAAACAGGAAAUAAACGCUGAGGAUACAUAUUCUGGGGGGUCGGAAACAUCUAAUUUGAUAGGGAUGUGGGUUACGCAGGUAUAUCCCCUUGUCAAAACUCAUCAAACUGAAGCAUUUAAGAUCUGUACAUUUCACUAUGUGUGAAUUAUACCUCAAUUUAAAAAACAUGACUGUCGAUGAUCAAAAACUAAUGGAUAUGUGACAGGGCACACAGGCUGAGCUAUGGACUUACCAAUGUGUUCCCCACAGGUUUCACAAUAUUCAGCAUAAAGAGACUCAAAACAGCCACAGCAGAAUGGGCGACCAUCCUUCAUAAUGUACCUCUGUCCUCCUAGGACGGUUUCACACUCAAGGCAGCAGAAGUGUUUCAUGUGCCAAUGGCGACCCUCAGCUUCUGUGCACUCAUCAGCAAAAAUUAUCUUUACGAUGAAACAUGAAACCAAAAGAUGAAAGAAAAUUGUGAACCAUCUUUGAAGGAUUAGUAACUGAAUGUUUUCUGGACAAUUGACAGACACACUGUCCUUUAAAAGAAUGGGAAGUUAGAUAGCUACCAUGUUUCUUACGGCCACAAGCUUAAAUUUACUUCAUUUAGCUACAAAACAAGAGCUGAAAUUGAUAAUGUUGAAAAAAGAGAAACUAAUCACUUACGUAAACUUUAAAAAAUAAAACAGUU